CACCCUACAGGAUUUCACAGCUAACUCCCAUUCCUCCACAGGUCACAAAUAUUUUAAUUUGUAGCGCAGCUCUUGUCCGUGGUGAGCAUCCCAGCUAGCUGAUUAUCCCGAGUCCCCAGCCCUACCUGCCCUCCUCUUUAUAACUCAUAUAACCUCCUCUCUCUUGCAACAUCACAAACACAAGAUUUCACAACCAUCUUGGCUCUCCUGCUUGGUUGCUUGUCUCUAGGCUGUUGUUGCUUUCAAGCUGAGCAAAACCAAAAGCGAAGUCAAGAGGAGGAGAAGGAUCCUUGCCAAGGUCAAGAGAUAUGCAUCCGAGCAGCUCACCGUUGUCCGUGCCACCGGGCUUCCGGUUCCACCCGACAGACGAGGAGCUCCUCUACUACUACCUGAGGAAGAAGGUCGCUUAUGAGCCUAUAGAUCUUGAUGUCAUUAGGGAGAUUGACCUCAACAAGCUUGAGCCAUGGGAUCUCAAAGAUCGGUGCAGGAUUGGCACAGGGCCUCAGGAGGACUGGUACUUCUUCAGCCACAAGGACAAGAAGUACCCGACGGGGACGCGCACGAACCGGGCGACGAUGGCCGGGUUCUGGAAGGCUACGGGCCGGGACAAAGCCAUCUUUCUCGGCAACGCCGGGAGGAGGAUCGGGCUGAGGAAGACGCUCGUGUUCUACACUGGCAGGGCACCCCAUGGCAAGAAGACAGACUGGAUCAUGCACGAGUACCGCCUCGACGACGAUAACGUCGAGGUGCCGGUAACAGAGGAUGGAUGGGUGGUGUGUAGGGUUUUCAAGAAGAAGGGCAUCCAGAGGGGCUUCGACCAGCCGGGCAUGGCAGUGGCCGGCGACGACGAGAUCCAGUCCUUCCAUUCCCUGGCCGGUGGUGCAAGUGCAACGCCGGUGGACCAGAAGCACGGCCUCCACCAGCUCAUGCACGGCGGCUUCCCCACCUUCGACCCAUCCAUGCACCUACCACAGCUCACGAGCGCCGAGGCGCUGACGGGAGCCCCGGCGUCCAUGUCCGGCGUGCCAGCCCUCGCCGUGAACCCGAUCGACAUGGGCUGCACUCCCCACUAUAUGAUGAAGCUGACAACGUCCGGCGGCACUUCCAGUGACAUGCUGCUGAACGGCGGCGACCGCUUGGCUGCUGCCGCCGCGGACUGGUCGAUCCUCGACAAGCUCCUAGCGUCGCACCAGAACCUGGACCAGCUCUUCCAUGGCAAGCUCGGCGUAGCAGCCGUAGGAGCGCCUCACCAUUAUCAGCAGCAGCAACUGAUGGAAAUGAACGGGUCUUCCCUGCAGAGGCUGCAUCUCCAUUACCUUGGCUGCGAGGCUGCUGAUCUCCUCAAGUUUUCUAAGUAGAUCAAACGUCAUGUAAUCUGUUCUUGGAGAAGAUGGGGUCAUGUAAUUUUUGGUAGUUAAUGGUUGAUAAGUUUAUUUGAUCUAUUUUAUAAUGAACUUCUAGUGGUUCU